AUGGAGCAAACGGAACCAGCAGACAAAGAGAAAGCUGUACAGAAUGCUGGUCAGAGGCACGCCCAUGUGACAGACACACCAACGAGGUACCCACAAGGACCUUCACCUCUACAGACAGACGCCAACCACAGAGGAGUCUCCUUAGAGUUCGCAGAGGUGUGGACUCCAGCCGUCCUGCUGGCUUUCCCAAGGAGGAAGAAGAACCGCCCAGAAGAUGGAAGACGGCGGGAGAAAAGCAGUCCAAAAGGAGGCGUGAUUACAUACCUGCCCAGAGGACAUCACCUGCGCGCAGGACAUCACCAGCGCGCAGACCAUCACCUGCGCAGCAGGCAUCAGCAGCGCGCGGACCAUCACCUGCGCAGCAAGCAUCAGCAGCGCCAGACAUCGUCAGCACGCAAACCAUCACCUGGGCGCCAGACAUUAGCAGCGCGCAGAAAGUCACCUGCCCGCCAGACAUCGUCAGCGCGCAGACCAUCACCUGCGCGCCAGACAUCAGCGCGCAGAACGUCACCUGUGCGCCAGACACCGUCGGCGCCCACACCACCAGCUGGGCGCAAAACUACAUUACCUGCGCGCAGGGCAUCACCAGCUCGUGAUCUCUCCAGGAGCUCUGGGACUGUGACACAAGAGCCUCAAGAAGACACUACCCUUGUGGACCAAUCACCUGAACUGUUUGAGUCGACAGGGUUAACGGACGAGACUUUUCUAGGGUUUUGUGACAGCCGUGCAGACGCAUCCAGCCAUACCCAAGAAAAGUCUCCAGAAUUGAGGACCAGUGAAGCUCCUGGAGCAGAGGCACCACAGGAUGGAGAAGGUAAAUGUUUUGUUUUUUUUUGGGUGGGGGGGUCACCAUUUUUGUAUAGUUUCUUAACUUUAUUGUUGUGUUUUUUUAUUUUGCAAAUAGAGGUGCCACGGACCAGCAGCGGAUUUGCAUCAGGGAUUGGUCCCUACUUCAGGCCGGAUCUCUUACAGGAUGAGUCGGAUGACGAGGUGGAAGUGCCGCAGCCCGCUGUUUCUACAUCCUGUCUGCACAAAUGCAAUUGGUGGCAGACAUUCAGCAAGGGCAGGAUCCCUCAAAUGUUCAGAGGGUAAACACCCUGGCAGCAGAGAUGAGUGCCCGCCAGGAGAAUUAUACGGUUGUUGUUGAUUCCAGACUGGACGCCAUUGAGAAGACAAUGGAGAAGAUGGCAACCAGUAUGGUUGACAUGCAGAAGGCUCUUGCCGACAGCACGGCAGAAACGAGAAAGACCAGGCAGGAAGAUCACCGGCAAACUAUGGACAUCAUUCACGUUCUGGUCACAUCCAUCAACCGGUUGGUGGAUAACACUGCAUGCCAGGCACACAGCAUUCAGAACAUGUCGGAGAGCCAACGACAUUCCGCAGCCAGCCACCAGGUCAUCGCAACAACGCUACAGAUGAUAUACAAUAAGCUCCCAGAGCUAGCUCAUCAACACGCUGGUCAACCACCACAUCCGCCACCACAAGCCACACUGACGCCUCCUCCCCUUGCUCCACCACAAUCCUGGUAUGGACAGUAACAGCUGUACCAAGGAUAUACAGGGAUGUACCCACCUACCAGAUGCCUCCACCACCAACACCGGCCGCAACAUCUACACCAGCACUGCCACCAAGGCCAAGUCAACGCACUCCACAGCCUCCCAGGACAUCGUCACCACAUCAGGAGGAAGAGGAUCCGGACAGCCAACAACCACCAUAAGCGCGGUCGUAUUGUUUUAUUAUUUCCAAUGUUUUUCAUGUUUCCCUUUCUCUCCCUCCUAUUAGUUUUUUUUUUUUUUCCUACUAUUGUUUUAAAUUUGUGUUGGCCUCCCCCACCCCCGACCGAGUACUACCAAGGAGCUAUAUGUAUAGACAUACAUGCGCGGGCAUAUAUGAGUGUGGUAACUGAUGAAAGCUCCUUGUGGUUACAUAUAUGAUGGGCCAAAGAGCUAUUCUGAUACCACUCUUUUUUUUUUUCAAAUAAAACUCCCUUUUGAAUUUGUGUAAAUUAGGCUUUCGCUGUUGUGUGAAUUUACUAUUCACUAGUGUUUCUUUUUGGCUUCUUCAUAGGAUUGGGUGAAAAAUUGUCGUGGACAGCGUAGUUCAUGUUGAGCGU